CCCACCCCCCGCCUUCCCUCACGCCGCCCGCCGUCCCUGCCCACGAUAUCUGAGAAAACAAGAGGAAUUAGACCCUGGGAGUCCAACCUGACCGGCCCAUGAAGAAAUACAACAACAACAACGCACUUUAGACGCCAUGCCCACCCACACGAGACACGCCACGCUUCCCUUCAUUCUCUAUCCUUCAAUUGACAUGCAGCCAUACAUGGGAUACAUUUCAUAUGCAUGCAUGCUUCGGUGUGUGUGCCCUUUCCCUUAUGUCCUGUCCGUCUCUCUCUCACUUACCCUCCAUUCUUUAAAUCUCCCCCUCCUCCUCCUUCCCCCUCUUCCCUUCUUUCCCUUGCUCACCUUCUUCCUUCUUCUCAUCCCUAUCACCAUUCAUCCUCAACCAACACAACACAACACAACAACAACAACAACAACACGCAUGUAAGUGCCUAGCUAAGCCUCUCUCACCAUCACCCCUACACUCAGCCUUGGCCGCCCACAGUCUGUCCGUGACGUGUGAUCCACCAUCCACCGUCUGCCAACGCGAGGCGAAGCACCAUCCUUCCCGCUCUCGUUCCAAAUCCAGCUCUCACACUGGCCGACGCCCGGUCAAACAUCCAACACGACGUCACAGCUCUCCAACAACCCUCCGUCUAUAUCAACGCUCUUAUCCCGAGCCUUCUCUCUCCCUCCCCCUCCAACACCUGCCCCUUCCAGGCUCCUGCCUACCCACCUACCUACCUUCCAUGGAUUACCAGACCCAAGCCCCAUGGGACCGUCCCCAGAUAUUUGCCUAUAACAGUAUGAUGGCCUCCCAGGUCGAUCAGCAAGAGGCUUCCUACCCCGUGGACCCCAUCCACUGGAUUACCAACCUGGAGUCUGUCCCCGUCCCCGUCCCCAUCUCCGUCCCGCGCGGCCGCUCCCAUCCUGAUUCCCAGCAGCAGGAGUGGACAGCGCAGACCCUCGAGUCCCCAAAGGCCUUCAACGACAGUAUGCAGAACCGCCAGAGCCAACAACAGUACUCUUACCAAGAGGCACACCAGGACACUUACCCGGCGCCCCAGCAGCUACAAACCUCCAACCUCCCCUAUGGCUCCUCGUCGGCGUCGUUCGACCAGUGGGCCCCAUCUCCCGGCGCUAAUUCCCGCGAUAGCAGCGCGCUGAGCCCACAGAGCGAGCGCGAUUACCGCCAGGAUCCUUCUCUUGUCUCGUCACCCUACGCCGCACACGCUCUCACGCGCUCGCACUCCGGUAUCAGCUCUCUCAGCCAUGAAGCAGACUUCUACGCUGGCGGCGGACAGCCGUUUUCACAGCAGACGAUUCCCAAUAUGUCCAUGAUCCACUUCGAGUUAGACGAGGACCCAACAUUCAGAGGGCAGGAGGAGAUGUUCAUGGACCAAGACUCCGGCGAACAAGACACCAACACCUCCAUGACCACCACCCUCGCUCCCCGCCCACCAACACACAACCAAUUCCUCCACCUACACCUCUCCCCCGCACCCUCCAUGCACAGCCACCACUCCCCCGCCCGUUCCUACACAACCCAAAACCCACCCGCGCCACGCCUCACUCCCCACCAAACCCCAAUGGAAGUCGACGACGCAGACCUCGACGCAGCAUUCGACAUCGACUCCCCCCUCCCCGCCAACGACGACACCGACACAGACGGUACAUGGACCCCCCACGCGGCGCGUCGCACCUCUCGCACGCCCCGCCGUCGCGCAGGUCAACGCCCUGCUCCGCCGCCGCCGCCGCCGACGACGACGACGAGGGUGUUGCAGCUGACUUCUGGGAGUCGCGUGGAGAAGAGGAAGGGUAAUGCUGUCUCUUCUUCCUCCUCCUCCGCGGGGCGCGCUGGGAAUUCAAACCCGACAUUCCCCUGCACCUUCGAAUGGGCGGGCUGCACCUCAGCCUUCGCAUCCAAAAAUGAAUGGAAGCGCCACGUAGCCAGCAAACACACCUGUUUCUUCUACUGGGAAUGCCGUGUCGGGCCUUGUUCCGCCCCCGGCCAAUCCGGUAAAUUCAACCGGAAAGACCUCUUUGCGCAGCAUCUCCGGCGUAUGCACUCUCCCCUCUCAUCUUCGGCUAAGUCUGGCGCGGGGAAAGAGGCGUGGGAGAGACGACUAUCUGAGUUACUCGACGAGGGGAAACGCAAAGGCAGAGCGCAGAUCACGAAAACGCACUGCCCCGUCCCAGGGUGUACGGCGGGGUGGGAAGGGGCGAGGGCGUGGGACGAAAGGAUGGAACAUGUUGCGAGGCAUUGGGAGGCGGUUAAGGGACGGGGAGGGGGGGGUGGUGUGAGAGUGCUGGGGGGGUUUUGGAGUGGGCGGAACGGGAGGGGGUUGUGA